UUCCCUUCUCAAACGCGACUCUGCCCCGGACCCGGGAGGCGCCCGACGCCGCCGCCGUUUCCGCAGCCAGCGGUUGGGGGCAACGAGGCUGUGCCACCGCGGACGCUCACCCUCCGCUUCGGCUUUCCCUCUCCGGGUCUCCUCGACCUUCCUUGCUGAGAGCCGGAACCCGACCGCGCGGGGAAGAAGGACUCGAGAGCAGAUGCUUGAACUGAAAUAACUUUCUUUUGGGGGGUUUGCUUCGCUGACAGACCCUUAGCGCAGGGCUCCCCUCCCCUUCCUCCCCUCCCCCUCCGCCGCCAGUACCAGUCCUACCCCUCUUUCCACCUCGUUUCUCCUCCUCUCUCCCUCGCCUUCGCCGCCGCCUCCGCGUCCUUCCCUCCGCCGCCGCCCGGGGCGCCGAGCCAGACUAUGGGUCCCAGGUGGGGGCUGAGCGGCGGCAGCAGCGCGGGCGGCCCGGUCACAGUGCGCACUGCAGCGGGGAUGGAGGGGCUCAGUUGGCUGGUGGUUUUCUCUUGACAUGGCUCCUGCCCGUGCUGCGAGCAGCGCCCCCGCCGCCGCCGCCUCUUCUGCCGCCGCCACCGCUCCGCCCGCAGGCUGCGGCUAGAGGGCCCGAACCCCGCCCGAGAGUCGGUCAGUGAGUCCCGGUCUCCGCGGGGACAGGGAGGGGAUUUCCCCGUCACCCGCCCCCGCCCCAGCUGCCUCAGUUCCACCCCCUGCCCCCUCGGGAAGCAGACUAAUGACCCCACCCUAAACUAUCCAAACUCGGGAAACAUGGUCUGUUCAACGUGAGAGAGAGAGAGAGCUAAUCCGGGAACUUCAGGGGUUUUUUUUUGGGGGGGGUGGGCUGGGCAUACUUCCAAAAAGUAAUUAAUAUUAACACAACUAUUUUCUUUUUUUCCCACUGAUCCUUCCCAUUUACCCUCUCCCGCCUACUCUACCCGGGCGGGAAUUGUUUCCACGAUGAAAUGAGUGAAAACCUGAGUGAUCCUGUGUCUCCCGUGGUGCGAAAGAAAAAAUCAGCACUUUUUGAAGUGUCUGAGGUUAUACCAGUUAUGACAAAUAAUUACGAAGAAAAUAUCCUGAAAGGUGUGCGAGAUUCCAGCUAUUCCUUGGAAAGUUCCAUAGAGCUUUUACAGAAGGAUGUGGUACAGCUCCAUGCUCCUCGAUACCAGUCUAUGAGAAGGGAUGUAAUUGGCUGUACUCAGGAGAUGGAUUUCAUUCUUUGGCCUCGGAAUGAUAUUGAGAAAAUUGUCUGUCUCCUGUUUUCUAGGUGGAAGGAAUCUGAUGAGCCUUUUAGGCCUGUUCAGGCCAAAUUUGAGUUUCAUCACGGUGACUAUGAAAAACAGUUUCUGCAUGUACUGAGCCGCAAGGACAAGACUGGAAUUGUUGUCAACAAUCCUAACCAGUCCGUGUUUCUCUUCAUUGACAGACAGCACUUGCAGACUCCAAAAAACAAAGCUACGAUCUUCAAGUUAUGCAGCAUCUGCCUCUACCUGCCACAGGAGCAGCUUACCCACUGGGCAGUUGGCACCAUAGAGGACCACCUCCAUCCUUACAUGCCAGAGUAGAGUGCUGGCCGGCAAAAUGGACAAGAUCAGAGAGUGCAGCAGCAUUGGUUUUCUUGUUUUCUUACACUUUAUUCUUUCAGAGUUUAAAGAAAAUGGACUCAUGCACAGAACACUAUGCAUUUUGAAACUUGUUCAUCCUGGAUUUUUUUUUUUUUUUUUUUUUUUUUUUUAAUUGUGUCUCAGAACUUAAAAAAAAAUUAGGUGUCUUCUGCACGGACUGUGUGAAAGAAGAUGCUUUGCAUAUUUGCUGCACUGCAUUAGCAUCUUACUAAAAAUGUGAAAUGAAAGGACUAUUGUUCACUGAAAUGCUUAAAUGUAUCUGAAAGCACAAGGUGAUACUCAUUUUUGAUGGUCUUUCCAUUUGUGCUGGUUUUUGCCUCUUUGACAUCUGUCAGCGGUAUUUAGAGGGUGAGAAGUGAAUGUAAAAGGUAUAAAUAACAUUUAAAAAAACUUAAUAGCUUUGCUGUAAUCACCGUUGUUCCGGAGCACUCUCAGAUUCACUCUAAUGACCAGAAGUGGUUGUUUAAAAAAAAAAAAUACAUAGAUACACAACCACGGGAAAGAAAUCUUAAAUGGGGGGAAAAAAAGCAUCUCAUUGUAGGCAUUCUUGCCUCAUGUUUUACUGGGCCAUGUUUGUUUCCUGGUACUCAUAAAUGUAUGUGUUUUAUUUCCAGAUCUCUUUCCCCAAGUUGCUGUUAUAAGAGUAUUCUGCUGAAUGUGGAUACAGUUUAUACACAUUAAAGCAGAUCAGGAGUCUGAAGUAGCUAAAGCAGCUAUAAAACUGAGAAAUACAUUCAUAGCUGCAGAAACCAUGAUAGGUAGAGGACUUUCCUUUUUGGUUUUUGUUUUUUGGUUUUAAAGAGAUUUUUAUUACAAAGAAAGAAAAUCCAGUGAAUUGUGCAGAAAUACUGGUUUCUACACCAUCCUAAAGAAAAACGUAUGAGGGUUUUUUCGAGUAGAGAAAAGUUACUAAAGUUGGUAUCUAAAAUUGUUAAAAAACCAUUGAGUGUCAAAGCUCUAAAAGCAGAACUCAUUUUGUGCAGUGAACAUAAGGAAAGACUACUGUACAGGUUUUUGGUUUUUUUUUUUCUUUUUAAUGAAGAAAAGCUUUGCUUAAGGGUUGCAUACUUUUAUGGAGUAAAUCUGAAUGAUCCUACUCCUUUGGAGUAAAACUUAGUGCUUACUGGUUUCCAAUUGUAUUUAGCUUCUGGUUGGAAUUUGAAAAAAUGAAAACCUAAAUAAAAUAGGUGAAAGUUCCCUGACUAUUCAGGUGAAUACACAAAA